AUGUCUCUCCAGAGUUGCCUAGAUGCCGUCUGCGGCGGCCGCCCAAAUUGCGUUGCCUACUCAGGCGACCUCCUUUAUCAGACAAACUGGGUGAAGCCCUUCAACCUCGACCAGCCAGUCACGCCAGCAGCUGUCAUAAGGCCAGACAGUGCCCAAGAUGUGGCUGAUGUGGUUAAGUGCGCCAGCGAGUACGGAUACCCGGUUCAAGCGAGGUCGGGCGAUACGUGGACGGCAACAUAUGGAUCCGGAUUCACUCUCGAAGAUCUCGACAAGGAGCUCCACUCGCAUGGAGGUCGUGCCAUGGCUCACGGUCUUUGCCCAUCAGUUGGAAUCGGCGGGCAUGCUACCGUUGGCGGUAUAGGCUUUCUAUCUCGGCAGUGGGGACUGGCGCUCGAUCACAUACUCGAGGUCGAAGUUGUGACCGCCGACGGCGAAAUUCGACGAGCGAGCCACAAGGAGAAUCCAGAUCUCUUCUUUGGCCUCAUGGGAGCGGGUGCCAGCUUCGGGAUCAUAACCGAAUUCAAAGGUCGCACCGAAAAAGAGCCGGGAACGGUUAUUCAGUACACGUAUUCCAUCAGUGUAGGAUCCCCCAAAGAGAUGGCACCCGUAUUCCGGGCCUGGCAGGACCUGGUUACAGACCCUGAUCUGGACCGCCGAUUCGGGAGUCUUCUCGUCCUGCAGCCGUUAGGUGCCUUCGUCACAGGCGUAUUCUACGGAACUGAGGAAGAGUAUGAGGCCAGUGGCAUUGCCGAGAAGCUGCCUGCAGGAGGAGACAUCCAGAUCAAACUUCUCGACUGGCUCGGGUCUUUGCUGCAUGUUGCCGAGGCCGCCACGUAUGGACUUGCCGAAACCCCCAACGCAUUCACCAGUCGCUCUCUCGCCUUCAGCCAAAAGGACCUGCUUGACCCAGAAGCCAUUGACAAAGUCUUCGCGUGGAUUGACGAAGCAGACAAGGGAAGUCUGAUCUGGUCUGUUUACUUUGACGGCCAGGGUGGUGCCAUUGCCGAUUACGGUGAGGGGAACUCAUACCCUCAUCGCGACACGAUAUAUUUCUACCAGUCCUAUGUUGUUGGUCCCCUUGGUGUUACUGACGAGUCAGUGGAGUUUGUCGAUGGUCUCCACGAACAAAUGCACGCCGUGGCUCCCAACGCCAACACCACCUACGCUGGCUAUAUUGACCCAAGUCUUAACCGCACAGCUGCAAACGAGAUAUACUGGGGCGAAAAGCUGCCGAAGCUGAGGGAAGUAAAGAAGAGGUGGGAUUCUAAGAAUGUCUUUAGAAAUCCGCAGUCGGUUGAGUUGGCGGAUUAG